AUGGAUUUGCCAGCCCUGACCGACAAAUUGCCCAUUUACCCGCCAAACAUUCAGGGGGAAUUGCGCCUGAUCCUCCAAACGAAGGACAUUUUUAUGGUGUGUUACCGUCAAUUGGAGGAGUAUCGUCGACUCGUGAACGAGCAGAAUCGACUCAUCACGAAGGAGUUCGUGCAGGAGCAGCUGCAGGUGGGUGAGGACGAGAUUGAGGAAUUGAAAGCAGAGCUCCACGAGGCUGAGACGAAGUUGGGUGCUCGCGUGCGACACAACGAGAUCCUCGCUGAACAGCUGGUCAGGCAGGGCCUCAGUGGAAGCGACAGAGUGCCAUCGGCUCGGCAUCUGGCGUUGGUUAGAUCGCCACAGACACGCAAACUGAUGCUCUCUCAGCGGAGGUCGAGUGCUGAACGGUACGGGGGUGAAGGUCGCUCGCAGGUUCACCUCCUGGACAACAUAGCCCUUGCUAUCGACGAGAUUCACAGCGAGGUCAGGAAUAAGGUGAAACCACUUCUGGACUACUACCGUGACCUCUUCUAUCUACAGCUGCAUUUCAGCAUUGUCCUCGGCCAAGUAUGCAACUACUGCAUGCCUCUAGUGACGGAGAACAUCGGUCUGCUUGAACGAGUCUUCUUCUGGGCCGAGCGUCCAGAGUUCGAGCUCAUUCGCAAGGCCUCGGACAUCUCCGAUCGUCUGAAGGAGAUCUACACCAGGGCGCAACAGAUAUACGGCUUCCUCACAGAGUCUGUUCGCUUCCUCCAGUCGAAGGUGGACCUGCAGAAGUCUCUUGAAACCCGGUUCCGUGAGCGCACCGAUGAGCAGCAGGGGAUCAAGGAUAGAAUCCUGCGAGACAUCCACGCGGCCAAACUGAACAUGGACAUGCUAGAGGAGGAGAACGAUCGACUAGUUGGCAGUCUGGUCAAACUGGAUCCCAACUUCGUGGACAGCCAUAAUUUUGCCCAAUUCGCUGAGCAGGGUUCGAAACCGUGCGUGCAAAGGAAGUCGACUGUCUCGAGUACAACUCAGGCCGGGUGUCAGAUGGAGCCUGAGGUGGUGUUGAACGUGACCUCCCUGGACACCUCCAAUCUGUCCAUGAUGAAAACCGAGGUCAACAACAGCAGAGGUCACCACGUGGCGGAGCAAGAACCGACAAGCAAGAAGGAGGGUAAGAGGAGAACUGAAAGGAAGAGGGAGCAAAAGAAGGGGUCUGAACGGCACGAAGUCACUCGAAGGGUUUCCAGUGAGGAGAACCGGGGUCCAGGCAAGGGGUCGCAGAAACGCGAAUCACGUGGCAACGGCGCUGAAGGUCACCGAAGUCGGUCAAGACGCAGUCUCACGCACGACAACACUUCCAACCACACGGCCAGCGAUCGCACGCGUCCGCAGAGUGAAGUGUAUCCCACCGAGAAAGCUGCCAAGGCGUCGUUGAAGUCGCGUCUGCUGGACCGGACCAAGGGGCUGUUGGAUCUGAGCAAGAUUUGGAUCAGAGACAGUGAGGAUUCAUCGUGCGGACCUCUGGCGUUGUCGGAGCACCCCGCAAAAGGCGACUCGGUAUCAACUUCCACCUACUCUGCCCUCGACUGCAAGCGACCUGCGCAGCUGGAGAAUCGGGAGGACGGCAAGAGCAAGAAGAAGAAGAAGGGGAAGCACAAGCAUGUGAUGCGCAAGGAGAAGCCGAGAAUUGUGGUCCCCGAGUUCGAGCAGCUUUCUCUACGGAGCGAGGAUCUGCUGUUGCUGAAGGAUGGAAUGACCACUGAGGAGUCCUCCAAGCAACCACAAAGACGAAGAUCCAAGUCAAGAAGCGGGAGCAGUCGAAAUGCCCUGGCUGUUUACCUGACAAGCUCUGGGUCUGAUGGUCUGACAACCACGGACACCUCAGUCCUCCCAAUGCUAUGA